AUGGAUGUUUUAAAAACUUUGAAGGAAGAGGUAGCGAGGAAGCGGAAAGCGAUAGCUGAGUUCGAAGUGAAGGUCGAUGGGAAAAAAUUUAUAAGAGGUGCAGAUGUAGUUUCCAAACAAGAGGAGCAAUACUGGGAUAAGCAGAGGAUGAAACAGGCCGCUAAAGCAGACUCAGCAGAGGAAGGAAGUAGCACCGUUGAUUCCUUGGAUGAACGGGAUGCUCAGCUUGAGAAGUCAGUUGCUGAUGAGAUCCCUAUGUCUGAAGUUCGCAAGCGGUUAAGAGACAGAGGACAGCCUAUAAUUUUAUUUGGCGAAAGCGAGUCACAAAUUCGCAGUCGUUUGUUGAAGUUAGAAAUUGAGCAGCCGGAUAUGAAAGAAGGUUGGAAAAAUGAAAUGCAAACUGCGAUGCGAGAUGUCGAUGAGGAGCUUGUUAAGGAAGUAAUCGAAGGCUCGUCGAAUGAUCCCAACAGGCACGAUGUGGACUUGUCCUCUUCAUUUAAUGACAACUGGGAGAAAAUUGAAGAGCAAGCGACGUUACUUGGUGUCGGUAAUGAUCCGCACAGAGACUGUGAUAUUAUUUUGUCGUUUUUUAAAUAUCUGAUAACGCGAUGGGGGAAGGAAUUGAACAAGAGGGACGAUGAAGAGAAGAAGAGUCCAGCUGGUAUCCAUCAACGUCCUGGUUCAGCGAAAGCGUACGUUUCGAACAUUGCCCAUGUUUUAAACGACGAGACGCAGCGCAAGUAUAUUCAAGCAUUUAAAAGAUUGAUGACAAGAAUGCAAGAGUACUUUCCAACUGAUCCUUCGAAGUACAAUGAUGUUGGAAAUGUAGAAAUGGGAGAUUUAGAUGAAGAGGAACUAGAGGAUUUAGACACCAAAAUUGCCUCCUUAAAGAAGCAGGUUUCACGAAGUCCGUACGAUGCUGCACUAAAUUUCGAGCUGAUAUCGUUAUUGCGAAGGAAUGGUGAUUUAGAUGAAUUAGCUGAAACCAGAGAGAGAAUUGCGGCCAAGUUACCUCUUCCUAGUAAUCUUUGGAUUGAGUGGAUAGAGGACGAACGAUCGUCUGGUGCUGUGCGAGAGCGUAUUGUGGAGCUAUUUGAAAAGGCUGUGUUUGAUUCCAAUUCACUUGACGUUUGGAUAGAAUUUGUGCAAUGGGCCUGUGGAAUCGAUCCUGUCUUUGCCAGAGGAAAAUUUGAAGCUGCCGUCGCAUCUAUUGGACUUCGCGUAGACGUGGGUGCAAUGAUAUGGCAGGCUUUUCUGUGCUUCGAGGAAGCUAUCCUUUCAGGAGACGAAACAAAUGAGAAGCAAAUUAAAAUUGUGAAUUCGUUAUAUAAACGUGCCCUUCGCGUUCCGAAUAUUGAACUUGCCGAAAUUUGGAAGAGCUAUUUGGAGUUUGCAGGUGAAAAGGUUGAUGAAGACAUUCGUUCUGUUUAUGAGAUGUCAACUUCGAAAAUGAAGGACUAUUCGAAAUAUGAGUUGAAGCUCGCUGAAUCCGACGACAGCAUAGACGCAUUCUGUGAAUAUCUGAACUACGAAAAAGAUCAGGACGACCCUGUAAGAAUACAGUCGUUUUACGAGCGUAUAUUAGAUAAACAUCCUCGGGAUGAAAGUGUAUGGUUUGACUAUGGGCAAUGGUGCGAAACAAAAUUAAAAGUCCAUUCGACUACCUGUCAAGUUUACAAACGAGCAGUACGCCAUUGUCCCUACAGUUGUGCGCUGUGGCAACAAACUUUGCUUGCUAUGGAGCGAGCUGGAGUAUCGGAAACAGAAAUUGACGGUUUGUGGACUGAUGCCCGUGAAACAAUAAGCUCAGCAGAAGAUGGACGUGCAUUGUAUCGAACCUAUCUUUAUAUGUUACGCCGUCGAGUAGAUUCUGAAAAUGGAGAUUUUUCGAAAGUGGCCAAGGUGUUCGAAGAAGGAGCAAGUUCUUUAAUCGAAUGGUUUGGAGUGCACAACUGGGACCACGAUGGUGUUUAUCGUCGAAAUUGGGCGUAUUUUGCGUAUACUAAGCUCAAGGACUCUGAAAAGGGCCGCCGAAUAUGGGAAGACAUUCUUGCAUCCGGAGGAGGACGUUUUGCUGAAAAGUGGAUCGAAGCUGUUAAGUUGGAGAGGCAGUUUGGAACCGUAGAACGCUCUAGAAAGCUCUUUUAUAAGGUGGCUCUCAAUUCUGUUUCGGAUCAUCCUAAUCUUGUAUUUGAGCAUUUCAUUCAGUUCGAGCGUGAAGAAGGUACCUUAGAGCAGUUGGACAAAGCUCUUGAGAAGAAGCCUGAUACCCAAAAGACGGCUGACUUAAAGACAAACGAUCGUAAACGACCUGCUCCGGAUCCUGUUGAAACUCAUCCACUGAAAAAGCAGGCGCCCACUGUCAACUCUGAUUUAACACCUAAGGAUAAAGACGGAUUUGUUAUGCCAAUGUUGCCAGUGAAAAAGCCAACUACUGUCGUAGCACUAGAAUCACGUGCAGAGUUGACCGAGUCGGCAGCUAGUACCGCAAAAGAGGAAAAGUUUACAGUUUUUAUUUCUAACCUUGAUUUCAAGACAACACCGGAACAAAUCAAAACUGUGUUGGAUGGUGUAGUAGAAGUUCGUCUUGUUGGUCGAGGAAUGAGCAAAUUAACAAAGGGGUUCGGCUAUGUUGAUCUUGACUCCGAAGAAAGUUAUCGUGAAGCUCUUGCUAAAGAUCGCGUACUUAUUAAUGGAAGACCCAUGCUGGUGUCAGUCAACGAUCCAGAAAGGCGUCCCGUCUUUAAAUAUUCCACUGGUAUAGAGAAAUCCAAGUUAUUCGUCAGGAAUGUUCACUACGCUUGUACCGAAGAUCAACUACGGGAAGCAUUUGCUGUGUUCGGUGAGGUAAAAGCUGUACGUAUUGUCACGCAUAUUUCUGGGAAACCCAAAGGAGUGGCCUAUGUUGAGUUUACCAGCGAAGAGGAUGCUCAAAAGGCGAUAAAUGCUCCAGAAAUUGUCCUUCUUGAUCGUAAAUUAGUCGUGGCUAUUUCUAAUCCACCGCAGAAAUCCGGCAAAACUGAGUCCUCAAAGUCCUCUACAGCACCAGUAGUGGGCACAUCAACUGACAGAAAGGCUUCUCUUUCUAUGGUUCCACGUGGUGUUAAAACCUCGUCGAAAAAAACUAUGAAUGGAGUUGACGGAAAGAUAGUACAAAUGCUACACAAUGCUUCAUUACUUAUCGAUGACAUUGAGGACAAUUCUGUUCUUCGACGUGGUCUUCCAGUCACUCAUCAUAUUUACGGCACUCCGCGAACAAUUAACGCUGCUAACUACGUGUACUUUAUAGCUCUAAAUAAAUGCACAUUGUUAUCAGACAAAGCCGUCACAAUCUUUGUAGAACAAAUGCUAGAACUCCAUAGAGGUCAAGGGAAAGAGCUGUUUUGGAGGGAUACGGUUACGUGCCCUACAGAAGCUGAAUAUGAAGAGAUGGUUGUGCAAAAAACUGGUGGUCUGUUUUUCCUCGCUGUAAAAUUGAUAGAACUUUUCAGUUCGAAGACGUACGAUUUUUCCAAUUUGUUAAAGCAGAUGGCGCUAUACUUCCAGAUAAGAGACGAUUAUCUCAAUCUUGUAUCCGACGAUAUGGCAAAACAGAAAUCAUUUGCAGAAGAUCUUACUGAAGGAAAAUUCUCGUUUCCCAUAAUCCAUGCCAUACACUGCUCCCCAACCUCACUUAAUGAUGACCCAGUCUUGAAUAUCCUACGUCAACGCACCAAAGACAUAGAGGUGAAGAAAUACUGCAUCAAACUCCUUAAGGAACGCUAUUCUUUUGAGUACACACUCACCCGACUUCGUAAUAUUGCUUCUGAGAUCAGGGAGGAAAUCAAGACAUUAGGUGGCAAUUGCAAACUGGAUGAAGUAAUGGAUCUCUUAGAAAAGGGAGUAAUCAAUUAA